AUGGCACUUUUGGCACUUUCAGAAAAGUCCCAAGUCUCGAGCAGUAAUUCUUUCAAAGAAGUAUGGAGCCUAGUCUGGCAGCUUAAAAUCUCACCUAGAGACAAGGUCUUUUUAUGGAGAGUGAGUCUAGAAAUAUCCCUUCCUACUCAAUCUAAUCUUUUCAAGAAGAACAUUGUGGAGCAACCAUUAUGUCUUAUAUGCAGGUUGGAAGUAGAAGACAUAGUGCAUGCAUUAUGGAGGUGUGAAUCUGCCAAGGAUGUAUGGAGUGCUUGUUCAAAAAGUCUCCAAGAAUGUUAUCUACCUCAGCUGUCUAUGUUGCAGCUCUUUGAAGCCCUUACCAGGACCAUGAAGCCACAGGUGGUUCAAGAAUCUAUAGUUGUGGCCGCUAGGCAUAUAUGGUGGAGGAAGAAUUUUGUCAUCUUUAUUGAAGCAUUUGCACAUCCCUCUAUCACUAUUAGGGAGGCCAAAAACAAUCUCGAGCUACUAACUGAAGAUAAUCAAAGAAGAGACCUCAGAACCAGCAGGGCUUGCACAGCAGCAGACACAUGGCAGGCUCCCCCUUUGCACUGGCUCAAGCUGAAUUGGGAUGGGGCUAUUUACAAGGUUCAAGGUCUCAUUGGAGUAGGAGUGGUCGCUAGGGACAGUGUAGGCCAUAUUAUUGCUACAAUGAGAUCUAGCAAAUACAUCUUCCUUGACCCUUUACUAGCGGCUUAUGGGGUGUUGCAAGCAGUGAAUCUUGGACUGGAUCUUGGCUUUACACACGUCAUACUUGAAGGGGAUUCACUACAAGUUAUAAUGGCUCUCAAGAAUGAUAAAAAAAGGCUGGUGUAG